CUCCUCCAGCAGCAGCGGCAGGCAACUAUUUGCCCGGGACGCGGUACGUGAGCCUCCUCAAAUUGGUGCGCUAAUCCUAAAAGGAGCCAUGAAGUGUUAAAUGGCAGAAAGAGGCAGAGCGGCGCUCAGACUCACGCACGCCGGGAGAGAGCCAGGGAACGCCGCCGCUGCUCCACUGCGUCACGCCGAAGGGGAGCGCAAUCCAGAAAGAAAAAGAGGGAGAAAACUAAAAAAAGAAAAACGACAACAGAAACAAAACAAAACCCCUCAGCCAAACUUUUUUUGGGGUUUUUUUUUUUCCCUUCCGCGAAGCGAAUCGGUGCGAGGAGAGGAGCGCGCUGCGUUUGUCCCGCUUAUUUGUUUGUUUGUUCGUUUGUUUGAAUUUUGACAAUUUCCUCCGCUCGAAAUCAGUGAAGAAAUCAAGCUGGCUCAGUGCGCGUCCGAACAGCCCCCUUUGACAGGUGCUCCUCACCCCCUUUGGAGGACUGUCAACAGCAAGAGGAUGGCAUCAGAGCUGGCAAUGAGCAACUCCGACCUGCCCACCAGUCCCCUGGCCAUGGAAUAUGUUAAUGACUUCGAUCUGAUGAAGUUUGAAGUGAAAAAGGAGCCGCUGGAGCCCGAGCGCAGCAUCAGCCAGUGCAGCCGCCUGCUCGCCGGGGGAUCCCUGUCUUCCACCCCGAUGAGCACGCCCUGCAGCUCGGUGCCCCCUUCGCCAAGCUUCUCGGCGCCCAGUCCGGGAUCGGGGAGCGAGCAGAAGGCGCACUUGGAGGAUUUCUACUGGAUGACCGGCUACCAACAGCAGCUCAACCCCGAGGCUCUGGGCUUCAGCCCGGAGGACGCCGUAGAGGCGCUGAUCAGCAGCAGCCACCCGCUCCAGAGCUUCGACGGCUAUGGCAGGGGCCAGCAGUUCGCCGGGGGGGCGGCCCCGGCGGGCGCCGCGGCCGGGGAGGAGAUGGGCUCGGCGGCCGCCGUGGUGUCGGCGGUCAUCGCCGCGGCCGCCGCGCAGACCGGCGCGCCGCACCACCACCACCAUCACCACCACCACCACCACGCGGGGGCACACCACCCGUCCUCCGGCUCCCAGUCGGCCGGCGGAGGCGGCGCGGGGGCCAACGGCGGCGGCGGCGGCGGCGGGGGCGGCGGCGGCGGCCACCACCACAGCCACAGCCACAACCACAACCACCACCACCCGCACCUGCGCCUGGACGAGCGCUUCUCCGACGAGCAGCUGGUCACCAUGUCGGUGCGGGAGCUCAACCGGCAGCUGCGCGGCGUCAGCAAGGAGGAGGUGAUCCGCCUCAAGCAGAAGAGGAGGACGCUCAAGAACCGCGGCUACGCCCAGUCGUGCCGCUACAAGCGCGUGCAGCAGCGGCACGUCCUGGAGGGCGAGAAGACGCAGCUCAUCCAGCAGGUGGACCACCUCAAGCAGGAGAUCUCGCGGCUGGCCAGGGAGAGGGACGCCUACAAGGAGAAGUACGAGAAGCUCAUCACCACCGGCUUCAGGGAAAGCGGGGGCUCCGCCGGCGACCACAACCCCUCGUCGCCGGAGUUUUUCAUGACGUCGAGAAAAUUCCUCCACCUGUGAUCGAGAAUUUGGACUUCAACGUCCCGUUCCCCGUCAGUCAGAGAAAUCCUUCCGCUGGAACGUUGACGUUUCAAGAUGGACGUACAGCACGAGGACUGCCGUAAAGCACAAGGUCUCAAAAAGCAACCCAACCGACGGCGGCGAAACUUUGACCUCCCCCCUCCCCGAAACUCCAUCAGUGUAAAAAAAAAAAAAAAAACAUCAUUUCAAAACAAACCAGACUGAAAUCCGCCACAUCCCUUCGAUCAUAAUGACAAGGAAGAAAAAAAAAAAAAACCCAAACAGAUUUCUUAUUUAAAACAAAACAAAACCAAAAAAAAGUCUUACCAGAGUGCAGUUUAUAAAUAAAUAGCUUAAAUUCAUAUCGAAAACUGGAGUAAAAAGAAUGACCAAGUGGUGUCCACCCCCCCCUUUAGCACACAUCCAGAAAUCAGGAUGUUGUAAAUAUUGUACACACAACAAAUACGGACAUUACUGAAAAAAAAAAAAAGAAAAAGUGGAAGUGGUGCAGAUUUGUGUACAGAAUCAUAUUCAUCUUUGUGUGUUUUGUUUUUCUCACCUUGAGGGAUUAACACACGUCUACGUAACGUUUACGCAAAACCAGAAAAAAAAAAAAACUUGGGGACAAAAAGAAAGAAAAUUAGGGCCACAAUGAGAAGAAAAAAAACUAAAAAUCAAAUCAUGUCAUUGGACUUUUUCAAUUAUAUUAUUAGAAUAAAAUGUUUCAUGUUUGUUUUCAGUUUUUUUCGUUUUUCUUUUGUAAGAUUGCAAAAGUAUUUUGUUGCCAGAUGGCAGCUUCCAUUUUUGUAAUAUUGGAAUUUUAUGUCUUGUAAAAUGUUGACUUUUUAUUUCUGAGCCCUUUUCCCCCUUUUAAUAUUGUAACAUUUUCAUGAUGUUUUAUUUGUUUUCAUUUUUGAAAGUUACACGUUUCGUCUCCAAAUUGCAUCGCUUUUAUGUUGUUUGUUUUCUUUGACUAACUUUCCUUCCCGUGGUGCAGUUGCAAUUUUUGGGGGGAGAAAUGAAGGGUGUAAUGGUCCAACUUUAUGUUCAUAAGAUGACAUUUUCCUUUCAUGCUGUGGCUCAAUACAACUUUUUUUUUGUCUCAAUUCCAUUUGUGUAUUCUUUUUCUUUAUCCCCGUACAGUUGAAACUUUUAUUUGUUUUAAAAUAUCAAUUUAUUCUCGUGCAACUCGCUUUUCUUGCAAUAAUAUAACUUGACUCUUUUAUAAAAUAACUUCUAAUAUAAUUUUAAGUUUUUGUUUUUUUUUCCUUUUCAGUGUGGCCCUAAUUUCUUAUUCUAAGUACUACGUAGCACUACAGUAUUUGUGACUUUGAAUGAAGUUUGUUUUUAACAAGGAGAAAAGUUCACCAAAAAAAAAAAAAGGAGCAGAAGUGUAAAAGUUUUGAGCAGCGCA